AUGGGAGGCCGCCAACCAGUUACAAUUAUCACUGAUCAAGCUUUAGUGAUAACGGCUGCAGUCAAGACAGUUUUUUCGAAUACUAAUCAUCAUUAUUGCAAAUGGCAUAUCAUGGGAAAGUUUAAAACACAUCUAAGCCAUGUUGAGUAUGUGCACCCAUUAUUCUUAGAGGUAUUCAAGAAGUGUAUUUCAGCCUACACAGUUGAGCAGUUUGAGGCUGAUAGGUUUAUAACCGGUAUAAAAACUACACAACAAAGUGAAGGGUUUAAUCGUUAUUUAAAGAUGUACGUCACUGCUGGUACAGGUUUACAAAAAUUCAUGAAUGCUAUUGAAAAGUUGCAAAACAAGAAGUUCACCAAAGAAAAAGAGAAAGAUAGUAAAGAUCUUACAUCUACACAUGUUCUAAAGACGGCCUUCCUUAUCGAGGAGCAUGCAGCAAAGACAUACACUCAAAAAGUAUUUAGAAAGUUCCAAGAAGAGGUGGUAAGGUCUUCAAAUUGCCUUAGAAAAAUAAUAGAAGGCAAUGAUGAAUUCGCCAAAUAUAAGGUGGAAGACAUUGGAGGUGUGCCAAUCCCUCGGACGGUUACAUUCAUUGAAUCAGGGAAGAAGUGUACAUACACAUGUCAAUUCUUUGAGCGUGUUGGGAUCCCUUGUUCAUAUAUGCUCAAAGUGUUCAACAUGAGGAAUGUAUUGAAGAUCCCGUCUAACUACAUUUUGAGCCGUUGGACAAUGGAUGCAAAGAAGGGUGUCAAAGAGAAAUGUGGUGUUAAUAGUUCGAUUAUAUCUAAAUUUCUAAGUUUCAUUCGACGUCAUGAGCUUUAUGAUCUUGUGAGAAUAGUUGCAGAGCCAGCAUUAGAAAAUGAUGAUCUAUUUGAAAAAUUGAAGUUGGGUUUCUCCAAGUUAGCUGAGGAGGUCAAUGCAACAAGAGAGUCUUUGUCGAAUGCUCAUGCACCACCAACCUCCACUCGUUGCAAUGCCGUUGAAGAUGAUGCAUGUGGCAGUAUUAGAUCAGUUGAUGUCUCCCCCCUUAUACAUAUGCCCGAGUAG